CUCUGGACUGUCAGAUAUAGCACAAGAAAGGCAAGGAGCAACAGGGAGUAGAAGAGAAAAGUGUCCCCAGAAAGUUGAGGACAAAAUGGAUACAACACAACAGACGUCGGUGACUCCAAAUGUAACUAAGCCUCCUUUUAAUCCAAUCUGCGGAACCAGACAAGCACCAUACACAUAUGAAAUUAUUCAACAGCUGGACGUCACUGGAAUGCUGCUGUUUGCUGUUUUAACAUUUAUGACACUAGUCAGUGUGCUGAUAUUCCUAGAAGAAGUAUACUACAUAUACAGGAAACUAUCCGGACCCAAAAAGGAAAUCAUUAUCUGGGUGAACGCUGCAGCACCAAUAAUAGCUAUGACAAGCUGUGUUGGAAUGUGGAUUCCUAGGAGCACAAUGUUUACAGAUUUUACUGCCUCUGUGUUUCUGGCUGUACUUAUACACAAAUUUCAGAUAAUGCUGAUAAGUGAAAGUGGUGGUAAAAAAGAAUUCCUGAAGAAAUACGCAGAUACAAAGCUUCAGCUCCACACAGGUCCAUUGUGCUGCUGCUGUGUGUGCUUUCCAAGGAAAAAUAUUCACAGCUGCACUUUAUUUAUGCUGAAGUUGGGGACCUUCCAGUUUGCUUUGCUGAGGCCAAUAAUUAUGUUUCUGGCAGUUGUGCUUUGGACCAAUGGAACAUACACCAUUGGCAAUUCGCGCGCAGACUCGGCUACAAUCUACAUUAACCUGUUCGUUGCUGUGAUCACUAUUACUGCACUCUGGGCUGUGGGAAUCUUGUUUAACCUGGUUAGACCUUCCUUAGCGGAUAAAAACAUUACUUCAAAAUUUGCCUGUUACGAGUUCAUUGUCAUUCUGAGCCAACUUCAGACAUCAAUAAUUACUAUUCUCGGUACCACGGGUGUUAUUUCAUGUGCCCCGCCACUUCCUGGCCCAUCUAGAGCAUCAUACAUGAAUCAGCAGCUUCUCAUCAUGGAAAUGUUCCUGACCACGGUGUUAAGCCGAAUGAUCUAUCGAAGGAGAUACGAGGAGACACCUGCACUUAAUGAAGAUGAGGAGACCAAGGAUAAUCUGCAAAAUAGUACAGUUUGUCUAAAUGGAAAGGCAAUUGAUGAAGGACUUCAAAAGGUUUAAAAGAUCCCCGAAAACAAUCCUGAGAUUAUCAACGGAAUUAGACAUAAACAUUUUGUGGAAUUUCAUCAUCUACUCUUACAGACAGAUGACUCAUUAUGGCGGACUUUUUUUGAACUAAUGGAAAUCCCUUUCUAUAAGUUUAUAUUCUUGAGUAUGAUAUUAAGGUGGUCUUCCAUUAGAUAAAGAAAUAUGUGGUAUGGCCUUCAAAUGGUUAAAAAGAAACAAUCUAAACUAUACUCAACUUGCCAAUCCCCCAGUUUUGCUGUACCAAUGGAUCCUGAGUCCCUGCUGCUCUCCGCUUACUGCUGAUGUCUUGACACAGCAGGAAAUAGAUGGGAGUGCUGCUCAGUCAAUCACUGGUUGAGGCGGGUCAUCGCUGCAGCUAGUGAUUGGCUUAGCGCCAUUCCCAAUUAUUUCCUUCCAUGUUUAGACAGGAGCAGGAAGAAGAGUGCAGAGGGAAAUUGUGCACAAUUGGAAUGGAAACACCAACAGCACUGGGGGAUUAGUAAAGUCAUGAGCUAGUCAUUUUUUUUUUUACCGUUUCAUGGCCAUGCAAUGUUUUUCUUUUUCUGCUGGAAUACCCCUUUUAAGGUUUUCUUAUAUUUUGUAUGGCAUGCAAUUCAUGUAUUAUCAAAUCUAGUUAAGAUUGUGAAAAAAAAAAGUGCAUUUGUGUUUUUGGUUUUGCCUUUGGAGCUACGUUUAGACUUGAUAUUAUCUAUCUACUAAUAUAUUUAUCUCCCUGUCUAAUAGAUAUGAGAUGCAUACAUGAGGGAUAGAUCGAUAUGUAAAUGGAUGAAUAGAUAUGAUUUAUUUAUCUAUCCA